GCUACUGCCAUGACGCGACUUGGACCAAGCACGAGCGGCUCCGUGUUGCCGCCCGUUGCUGCCCCGUCUGGUUGCGUGUUUUCCGCUCGUCUGGAUUGUCUGCGUCAAAGGCCGCCUGUUUGGUCUAGGUAGGGCGCGGAAAUGGCAAAAAAUAUGCCUCCAUCAUUGACACGCCACCGAAUCCUAGCAGAUGGACAUUCUUUGGCUGCCUCCUUGCUCCUGGCUCGCAGUAAGUCGGCCAUUUUGCCUCUGGGCCUUGCAGCAUGCACGGUUCUACCACCGCUAUCCUUGUGCUUCUCCACGCUGCGGCGACGCUGGCGGUGCAAGACCCCUCCUUGUGCCGGCUCGUCGUGCUCUGCUUCACCAUCACCAACACCCCGUGCAACCGCCAACUCGGUGCGUGUCCUCCAUGUCUCUACGCGAACGCACAGGGCGGGUACCUUUGUUGGGCGAAAACAGGCCCGUCGUGCCCGUUCACAGACAAGUCGGAGCUCACAAUGUUCGACUGCUCUGGCAGCAACGCAACAACACCGACCCCAACAACAACGGCGGUACCAACUACGACGCCGACACCAAUAACAACGCUGACGGCAACAACAACAGCUACACCGACGACGGUACUACCAACGACGCCGACACAAACAGCCAACAACAGUACGCAGAACGUACCGGGACCGAGCGAAGGCGCCAACUCGAACAGCGCUAGCUCGGCUACGGCGAGUCAAACGGUGCUCAUGAUUGCGAUUGGCAUGGGCGUCGCGUUCAUGUUCGUGGCGGGUGUUUGCGCGCUCAUGUAUCGUCGCGAGAAGCGGCCGCGCCAGCCGUGUCCGCCUCCGACGCUCGUGGAUCCGCCACCACACAGUAAAUUCAAGCGCGGCGGCAGCAUCGCCAUGCAUGGGUCGCAGCUCCAGCGCAUCAACUCGGGCUUCUCGUCGCAGAACGACGACCUUUCACUGCGCUCAUUCCCAACGCCGUCGAGCUUUGGCGACGUGCAGAGCAUUCUCGGCCAGGGCCGCGACGACGUGCAACCGCACAGUACGAUCCACGAGUACAUCGACUCGGUGUCGUUUGCGCAGUUUUACCCGCUCCCGACAACAGCGACCGACGACAUUUCAGACUCGGUGUCGCAGUACCGGUCGACCAACUCGCUCGUACUCGAUGGGCGGUACAGCAAUUUUUCCAUCCUCUCGGACGACCCGCGCGACAACAACAACCCGAAGCUCCGCGUUUCGUGGGACGACGACGAGCGCGACAAGGAGGUUGAAAUCUAACGUCGCUUCCAUCCUACUAAAUUAUAUACACCAAUAUGUCAGUCAUCCAGCGUCCGCUAUCCCAGGCUAGGGCUAGGUGCAAAGUGUUAUAACUCGCAACGACGGUCUACAUUUCAUGC